CCAAAGCGAGGAGUAAAACGCCGGUUAAUUGUUUGCAAACAUGGCUGUCAACCUAGUGAAACACAAGGAUGAGCUCCUUUGCGCAUGGAAGGAAGUAGUUGAUGACAAAGAUGGGACCAACUGGGCCUUGUUUGGUUAUGAUAAGCAGACUUACGACCUUUGCUUGGUCGGAAAAGGAGCUGGAGGCCUGGAGGAGCUGACUGAAGAAUUAAACUGUGGAAAGAUAAUGUAUGCAUUCUGCAGAGUGCAAGAUCCCAACACCAAUAUCUCAAAAUUCAUCCUCAUAAACUGGCAAGGUGAAGGAGCACCAUUAGUAAAGAAAGGAUGCUGUGCAAAUCACUUCAUGGAUAUUAGCAACUUUUUUCGGGGUGCACACAUCACCGUCACAGCAAGGAAUGAGGAUGAUGUCGAUCCUUCACUCAUACUGGACAAGCUAUCCAAAUGCACUGUGUCUUCUUUCAGCCUUAGGGAGCGAACUGACCCAACAGAGAGUUCUAGACCAAUUGGAAGUGUGUACAAGCGCAUACAACCAGCUAGGGAGAUCUCCACAACAGAAAGAGAAAAAUUCUGGAUGAAGGAACAGGAAGAAGAGAAAAAACGCAUUGAGGAGGAAAAGCUUAAGGCUGAGGCAGCCCGAAAUCGUCUGGCGGAGGAAGUGAAAGAGCGGGAGUUGAAGGAUGCUCGAGCAAGGGAGGAGUGGUUCAAGGAACGAUCACUCUCUAUAGACAAAAUGCGAGAGGCAGAGAAGAACGCUCAGAACUCCACGCACAACAAAGUGAAUAAAAAGCUUUGGGAGCAGCAGCUGCAAGAGGACAUGCAAGAUGAAGAAGAACGAAAACGCCGGUCACAGAGCUUGAGAAAUCAACGGAAUGAGGAAGCACAAGCACUGAUUGCCCAACGGACCGUCAACGCAAAGGCCAUGUUUCAACCCACCACGUACACUGGUACCUAUGCCUCCCAAGCUGCUAGUGUUCCAAAUCACGCAUCUGCGCAACACACUAAUCAUGAAAGCAUGGUCUCAAGAGCCGAUGCAUGUGCUAGCCCACAUGCAGUGCAGAACAAUCGGGAGGCGGCAGUGACAUCGCCUCCGGCUGAGUUCACAUACACACGUAACCAGCUUCAGGGCAAAGGGUCUGCUCGGUCAGAGGCUGAGCCAGAGCCUGAGCGGACUCACAAUCAAAGCUGGGAAGCAGGGGCAGCUGCUGAAGCCUCUGUGUGUGCUUCUGAGGCAGCGAAUGAAUACAGUGCUGGCUUGAGUCAGGCGCAGCUGGCAACUGUGGAAAGCAGUGAUCCGGGACUCCGUGCUCGGGCUUUGUAUGACUACCAAGCUGCUGACGACACGGAGAUUUCAUUUGACCCCGAUGAUGUCAUCACACAUAUUGAACAGAUUGACGAGGGCUGGUGGCAAGGCUUGGGACCAGAUGGUACCUAUGGUCUUUUCCCUGCUAAUUAUGUGGAGCUCAUUGAAUGAACCAUGUUGUUUGUGGUGGCAGGUAUAGUUGUUAAGCGGCUGGCACAGAUUACUGGCACUUGAAGUUUUAUGCACGCUAGAUAUAUGCAUUUAUAUAUUUGUAGCUUACUUGGCAGCAGAUGCAGCACUGUGCAUCUCUUCAGCAUUACAUUUCAUUGCAGGUGGUGCUGAGUGGAGCAUGUCAGUUUGUUACAAGCGGUCUUUACACUGCAGCAUUUUUGGCUGAGAAAUUUUGUGCCAGUCUGCUGUCUGGCUUUUCUUAAGCCAAGUAUGACUUUAGGAGUCUGUUAAUGGUAUAUUUCUACACUACGUAGCAAUGAUUAGGUAACUUGAGGAAUGCUACCCUUUGAUGACUGCACUAAGAGAUGCAAGUUUUAUUAAAACAAGAGGGAUGGCAUAGCAAUGGUUUUUUGCUGGUUAAGUAAGCAUAGCUUAUUACCUUAAGGAUUGUCUGAGUGUUGCUUGUGGUAUGCGCAACACACAUUACUCUUUGAACACUGGAGACAAGGUGUGCGCAGUGUUGCACAGUUGCUGCUCAUAUCGGGGCUCUCUUUUUAUAAGACUUGCAUUCUUUGCCAUGCUUCACUGCUCAUCAUGUUCUCAAGAGGUUUUCCUGUACUGGCUACAAAAAGCUAUGGCUUACAUUUUUGCAUUUACAUCCUUAGCUAGUGCUUCUUAGUCAUGUGCCAUUAGGCACUUGCAAGCCAUUGGAGCUGCACUAGGUGUUCAUGUUAGCUGUAUGAUUUUUCUUAGGAAGUUUUCCUUUUCCUUUUUUCCUCUUGUGUUCAUGUGUUCUUCAAAGGUGCCAGUAGCAUUUUAGUCUGGCAACAAGUCUUCUUGCAUUUGAAAAAGAGAGGCUUGUUGCAAGUGUUCUACAGAGUUGUCAAGUGUUCUACAAAGCUAAGUCAUGUUGAUGAAAGCCAUGUGGUGAGUGUGAGCCACACCUUUUACAGUGCUGGCAUGUGAAACGUGAAGCCUGCAAGCAGGUCUCAGGAGUAUAUACACUACUAUGUACUAACUGCUGGUUUACCAAAAAAGAGAGAGAGAAAGCACAUUUGCUGUCCACUUAUAAUGAUAUCACAAAAGUUCAAUUGUUAUGAACAGUUAUCGUUAUGAGCAGGGACACCUGUACUGUGGCAAGGGGAAGCUUUUAAAAAAAAAAAAAGUGCACCUUUCUAAACAGCCCAGACCUGUGUCUAUUUUGAAGUUGGAGAAGUUGCUCAAUAAAGAGAAACAACAAAAGAAAAACUUCUUGUGGUGCUUAAAAGGACCCUGAACAACUUUCUUCUAAACUUUCAAUGCUUUGAAGUGCAUCCGAGAAAUAUAUUACUGUAAGAAUUUCUUCAAAAGGGACCUAGUACGAGCAGAGGUAUUAAGAGCGCAAUGUUUACCCUUCUCAUUCCCUUUCCAUGUCCUCUAUUUCGAAGGAGAGGGACAAUGUUAAAGCAUUACAUUUCACUCCUACAAUGCUGGGCACAGUCAAGCAUGACCAGUCACUUGUUUCUUCUAGAAGUGCAACUCUUAUCGAUACUUGAUAUGCAGUUUUUCAGUUACUUCAGCUUUUUUAGUUGACUGCAUCAAUUAAUGUACAGUCACUGCUCAUUGGGACGUUAAACCCCAGAUAUUAUAGUCACUGCUCAUUGUUUGGACUCUCAAGGAACUGCAAAAUCAUCUGAAAAAUUGGGUAGUCACAAAAAGCAAAUGGAUACCUUUCUCUUUACUGGCUUCAAAGGCUCCACUUGCCAUGGCCACGUCAGAAAUAGCCCUGAAAGUCUUCGAAUAUACUUAUUUGGUGUCACGAUGCUCGUAGUUUGACAGGAGACGGUGAACGCACAGAUUUGUAAUUAAGGAACACAUAGCUAUGGCCUAUGACAGUGGGCCCUUUUCAUCCUUAGUAUGCUUUGUUACAAUGCUUUAUGCAUGCUUGACUGCGUAACACCUCUGCAUUUCGGCGAAGCUUGCUUUCGGAAACAACUACGGCUGCAAGCAAAUUGGUGCACGGUGGCGCUGGUUCAAAGCUGCAAAAUGAUCAUCAUGGCAGCAGUGAUGGCUUCGAUUAAUGUCAUUUUGAGCGUACAAUCAUGGGAGACAGCAAGUCUGAAAACUUGGAUGGCAAAGGGUUUCAGUGUCUAAAAUAUCAGAUGUCCUAUUACAUUGGCUCUGUUAGGUACUAUCAUGAGCAGUAUCAGCUCGAACACGCGAGAGCGUGGCGAAUAGCCUCAAAAUCGAGAUAGCAUGAUAUGUGGAUGGCGCUGCCACAACCGGAGGGGAGAGGAGGGUCGCUCUUCCGCUAACUGUUGGCACACCCACUUCGCUAGCGUUGCUGCGAAACGGCAGCUGACUGCGUGCCAUCGGCCGCUAGUAAUGAAAACGCAAAAAAAAAUGCACGAAAAACAGUAAUAAAUAAAAAAAGGCAUAUCAAAAUGCUCAGCCAACACCACGGAGAUAUAAUACAAGCAUGGCCUGUGCAUCACAUCAGGCUACGUCACAGCUGACAUCUCAGCAGCUACAUAGCAUGAUGGGUGUGGCUGUGCGCGUUGAUCUGAAUUCAUAUCACCGCUAGCGACCACUGACACACUGUAAGCUGCCGUUUUUGCAGCAACGAUAUUGAGGCGGGAGUGUCAACAGCUAGCUGAAGUGCCGCACCCUUUCCACUUUGUUUCCGACAGUGGCCGCUGCGAAUCAGUCGAUGUAGGAUUCGAGGCUAUUCGCCAUGCGCCCGUGUGUUCGAGCUCAUAUUGCUCACGAUAGUACACGGCGGUACUGUGAAGGCAUCCACAUUGUCGGGAAUGUCCAAAAAAUUUGUUGUUGACUGUACAUAGCAAAAGCAGAAAGAAGUGCCGUUACCCAAAGAUUUUGCUUUUUGUCAACUAUUAGCCAAUGGUCGACUAAAGUUGCAACUUGGGCUUGUUGGUAUGGCAUAUUUGGAUGACAAUAGUAGUGCAAAGAAAGAGGGCACAAGAAGGCAACAAAGAGACAUACACUGCCAAAAUAGCCAAUUAUCCAGAUAGCCAGUGGUAGCUCUUUCUGAGAAUCUGCUCUAUGGUGACGCAUGUGGGGAAGGAGCAGGUUUGGAGAAAGGUUAAAUUUGUGCUCUGCUCGUGAACUCCGUGCGCUGCACGCAACUACAAAACUUGACGGAUUAUUAUUGGCGGCUGCAUGUACCAUCUGUAGGAUGUGUGUUUUCACCAAGCUUGACGGGUUGUUGAGAGCCAAAUUAAUUUUUAUUUGGCAUCAAGUACACUUAACAAGGUCCAAAAUUGAGUGUAACAUGGAUGUAGUGUAGCAUCUGUACACUUCACAUAAGGUCUGUAGUGCUGUGUCAAAUUGCAUGCCUGCUUGCGGGUAUGCUCACAUGAUGGUUUCAGUAUAGGUAUACCGGUGUUUCAAGAAAUGUGUCCCAAAUGAGGUAAGUGCGAUAUUUACUUGCAACUUUCAUAGUUACUUUUUCUAUGAAGGCAAAUAUCUUAAGAUGAUUAGACGUUAAAGGGAUACUGGACAAAAUUUUCGCCGCCGAGAUAAAUGGCCCAAUUGAAAGAUUGGAUGCUGAAAUUUGUUGAAACAACCUUCAUUUCAGCCAGAGACUAGCAGAAAAUAAUGAAUUUAAUGCAUUUUUCGCAAAUUGGCGCGUCUAGCGGCCGCGCCGCGAACUAGAGAGGAAGUGACGCGAAACUCGGCGGAUACUGACUCGCCAACCGUGCUCGCUGCAAAAUCGCUUACCAAUCGACAUCGCAAAGCCGCUACCCGCUGCCGCGCGUCUCUCUCAAAACGUGUUCUCACGGUCGGGAAGGUGUUCUUGAGAGGAGAGGUGGAGAAAGGGAAGUGGCAGGGCAGGAGAGAGCGUGCCGGUUGCCCCCCUCUUGCUGGAGCAUUCAACGUCACGGCCGUCGACAAGCGCACUGGCGUGGAGCCGCCGCGCUCUCACAAUCCACUAAAAAUACGGCCAACUGCUCGAAAUUACGUGAAAUAAACGCUGUGUAUAGGAACAGUCGUGUCGUCCGAGUCAAAUGCAAGUGUUUUCGUAGCUUUUUCAAAUUUUUGUUCAGUAUUCCUUUAAGUCCAGUAUUAAUGAUAGGAAUUAGCGUAACAUUUGAAUUAGUCGACAAGCGGUCGGGUCAAAUGGGAGAAUUGAAGUCGUUCCUAUGAAGAGCUUGCUUUGCGAUUUCCAAAAAGCGGCCACUGGUAAUUUUUGCAGAGUGAGGAAAAUUCGACCAAGUUCACCGGCAAAACCAAAACGCCGAAGAGCACAACUGCCAUACCCUAGCAGACACCCGGAAUGACGACACUGUUUCUAACUGCAAUUGCAAUGGUGUUAGUUUUUCUGCAUUUGCCAACCAAUGUGCGCCAUGCAAGCACAGCCCACACACACAUCCAUGGCAAGCACAGCCCACACAUCCACGAAGCAAAGUAGACCGAUGGUUGAGAUAACGACACUGUGUGCUUCUGUACAUUUCGGUUUUGGCAGUGAAAUUGGUCAGAUUUCAUCACUACACAAAAGUUGACAGCAGCCAUUUCUUGGAAAUCUGAAAGCGGCAGUGGGCUCUUCGCAGGGAGGAGUUAAGUUUUCCCAUUUGACACAGCCACUUGUCUCCUCUAAUUAAGAAGUAAAUUAUCUUAACUCCUAUAACUAUUUCCUUAACUGAUGCCUCUAUUCAUCUUAGGAUGUCUGCCUCCAUAGAAAAUGUAAUGCUGAAGGUAGGGAGCAAACAUUGCAGUUCUUAAAAGAUUUUAGGCCACAUUUUUGAAACAGCCUGUAUACUGAUGCAAGCCAUGCUGUUGGCAUUGUUUUCUUUGCAAUACAAUUUGCUCUACAUUGUACCAAUUUUCCCCAGAAGUUGUUCUGCAGAAUUUUGACCAUUGUAUCCAGUGCACUGCAAUGAUCACAGCAUCAGGUACCGUUUAUUUUUUUUGUUGAGCUAGUGUGCUGAAGUUACUGAUUGUUGCAAGGGGCACACUGUUAUUUUGGAUGUCAUUAUAAGUGGAUUAUGCUGUAAUUUUUUUUCUUCUGGCCACUACUUAAACAGCUUGUGCAUUGUAAUAUACAUAUUGAAGUUAUUGCCCAAGUUGCUUUUUUUGUAAUAAACUAGUUCACUAAGA